AUGAAUCGACUCGAAGUCAUUCGGAAGUCAAUUUCAUAUGUUGGCCUCGAUCCGGCCAUGUUCAAACCUUACCCUUUUAAUGUCAGUAGUUCUGCCCUCUCAGAACUGAUGGACUGCAUGUCCUACAUUGUAUUCCCCGAAUUCAGUGAACCCCCAAUGAAUCCUGUGACUGUCCCCGAGCAACGCCUUGGCGGCAGUGCACUGCUUCAAUGGACACUGACCCGCAUGGCCGACAUUAUCAACUCACAGAUUUAUUCUGCCCUUAUGCUUCAGGGCCACACGAAAUGCUCUAAAGAUGAAGCAGGUAUUCCCCACUCGUUAAAUGCUGAGAGCGGGUCAAAUGAUGAUGGUUUUACACCUCAAAAUGAAACUCAUGCCUUUGGCGAAGUUAGAUCUUUUCAUUUGGAAGCCAAGAAAAGGGCGGAAGAGAUCACAGAAGCUUUUCUAACGCGUAAAUUACGCAGCAUACGGUGGCUUCUUCGUACCGAUGCAGAAAGUAUCCUUAAUAAUGAUAUUGCAUCCAACUCUCUCUCGGAAGUGGUUCUUUGCUAUCCCGGACUACGCUGCAUGAAACACCAGCGCACUGCACAUGCGUUACACGAACUGGGGGCUCCAAGCAUUUUUACGCGCCUUCUUACAGAAAUGGCGCAUUCCACGACCGGCAUUGACAUCCAUCCUGCUACCUCUAUUGGCCAUCAUUUUUUUAUUGAUCAUGGCACUGGUAUUGUGAUUGGGUCAACCGCCAUCAUUGGCAACUACGUAUCUAUAUACCAUGGGGUCACGCUGGGGACAAGGUCUUUUCCUGUGGUUGCUAAAACUGGGGAGAAGGUGAGGAACCUUGCACGCCACCCCAUUAUUGAGGACAGAGUGACCAUCUACGCCAACGCUAUGGUGCUUGGCCGAAUUCGGAUAGGGAAGGAUAGCGUCAUUGGUAGCCACUGCCUGGUCUUGAAGGACUUACCUCCAAAAUCCAUGAUUCGGCGGACAUCCAAUGCAAAACUCCCUACUCCAUAUAUAACCCUUCAAAAAGGUGGAUCGGAUAUAUGA